AUUGUGAAUCUGUAUGUCUAUGGUUUUUCGUAAAUUUUUAACCGAAUCUGAAUUGCAUAAAUAAAAUAUAUCAAUUUGAAGUCUUUUUGCGGAAAGUAGAAGUUUUAUUGCGCUCAAGGAAUAUCUUUCAUUUCAUCUUGGCGAAUGUUUACAAGCGAGAAGAUGACGCAAGAUCAGGAACAGCAAGUUAGAAUCUUGAAGAGAGUAUUAGAGGGUUGGCGUAUGGUUCUUCUGCCCCUAAAAUCCAUUUUUCUUUGGGAACAGCAAUGGCAUCCUUGUGCUAUUUUUGCUUCUACUUCAUUAACUUAUUUAAUAAUAUGGCUUUUGGAUCUCAAUUUUCUAGCGACCAUAGCUAUCGUUGGCUUAUUUGUCAACUUCAUCGAUUUUCUCGUGCCUAUUAUAUGUAACUCGAUCUACACUCCAAGCGAUUGGACUGGACAAAAGGAAAAAAUGUUUGAAGAUAUUUGUAGAAGCUUGGUUAACUAUUAUAACAAGAUUUUGCAGAACAUUUACACCUUCUAUUCGCUGCGAGAAACUAGUCCCUAUGUGUAUUACAUUAUAUCUAUAAGUAUGUCUUUGACAUUAGCAUGGAUGGCAUCAGCGAUCAACAAUAUAUUCUUGCUUUAUAUCUUUUCUACUGUGAUGUUGCUGUGGCCGGGCAUUCAGCACUGUGGAAUCUACAAUAUUGUGUUAUCUACACUCCAUUUAGCACCCAAAUCAUCAUUCAAAACUGAAUAAUUCACAUUGUUAGCAAGCUUUUUGUAAUGUGAUAUGCAUCUGGUCAUUGUCAUUUUAAUUUUAAGCUUGUAUGCAGUUUGAGCUUUAAUUAUGCACUAAAAUUUAAAGUUAAAAAAGAAAUUAGAAUAACACUUUUGAAUAGUUUGCACUAAUUAAGAACUAUGUAUUCAUUAAAAUAGUUCAAUGUACUGAUUUUAUGGAUUUUGUCUGAGAAUAAAAUUGUGUUUUACCUAAAAUAAUCUUAUUGGAUUGUUUAAUAUAAAGUACAAUAAAGCACUGUAAAAUUUUCUGACCGACUUCCCAAAAGAAGGAGGUACUCAAUUCGUCUGUACGUUUUUUUUUGUGUUAAAUCUUUUAAGACAUACCAAAUAUCUUUUAGGCUGAAGUUGUAGCUGAUAAUGUUUUUAUCUUUGAUCUCAUGGCAACAUUCUUUAUUUUUGCAUGCAUAAAAAAAUGUUUUAUGAUGGAGAUAUGCAAUUACUCCCUACCAAAGUUGAAUUGGUUUCAUUGAAUAUUGUUUUUAUCUUUAUUAAGCACAUGAAAUAGUUUAUAUAUUAGUUAAAGUAUAAGAAAUUUCUAGUUUUUGUCAUUCCAGUAUGUAUGUAUUUUGUUGUAAGGAUUGUAAGUGGAUUGCUUGUGUAUGUAUUGAAAACCAAUAUUAUUGUUUUCUUUGUCGAGAACAAUGUCUUUAUGUAGCUGUUUCAGUUGUGAAAACCACAGAAACAUUCUCAUGUUUUUCAAUAUAUGCACUGUUUCAGUUUAGACCUUAGUUUAUGAUAAGAAGCACUGGGCUUACUUUGGAAUGCCUAAUUUUAUUAGCAGCUAUGUAAUUUCUUUUAUGAUUAAAAGGAUUUAUUUACAA